AUGCCCGUGAUGGAGGGCGACACCUCGCAGGAGGCUGCGUCGGCCGACACUCCUGCCACCACGGCUGCAUCGGACGAGCGGGCGCGACCGCUUGCUUCAUUCAGACUGCCGGCGUUUGCCCCGGACGAGGCGGACCUCUGGCUGCUCCAAGUUGAAUGUGCGUUCGACGUGGCUGGCAUUGCCGAUCCCGUCACAAAGUUCAAGCUGCUGGUGGCAAAUCUGCCUACCAACGUGGCGGCCCAAUCCGCCCGCGCCGCUCUCUCGCUCCUGCCGGAGGCCACUCCGCUGGCAGAGCUCGCAGAGGCGGCUGACCGCUUCCUGGAGGCGUCUCGGCCCACUGGCGCCGUCUCCGCCACGCUGUGCCAGUCCUCUGACUAUCUGCCGCUGUCUCUGCAGACGCUGUGCUCGGGGCCGGCGGCUCCGAUGAACCUGGAGCCCCGCCGGCUGCUGCGCUCUGGCUGCUGCGCCGGCGAGCCCAGCUGCUGGGCUGACCUGGCCAUGACCUCCGCCGACCGGGUGCCGCUUGUGGUCGGCUCCAGCGACUCAGGAGACGAGACCAGCGAGAGGGGCCGGCGGCGGCGCCAGCGGCGGCUGCGGCGCCGCCGGCAGCGGCCGGCCGGCGCGGCGCCCUACAGCCUCUCGCCGUCGGGCGCGACGUCCGCCGACCAGCCGCCCACCUCGCUGGUGCAGAUCCAGGUGCGCCGGUGCUCGCGGGUGGGCCGGCCGUCGCUGGCCGCCUCGGAGGGCGCCCGCAGCACGCCUGACCUGCACGUGGACCUGUCGGACGGCGGCGGAUCGCCCACCCGCGGCUGGACCUCGCCUGGAGGUCACCUGAGGGCGGGCACUCCGCCCGAGAGGGGCAACCGCCGCCUGGAAGGGCCGCACCACUCCCGGUCACAGUCGUGCCGCGCGCCGCGCAAAGCAGAUUACCUGACGAUCCCGGACCACCUGGGCCGGUGUCGAAGUCAGAGCUCGCUCCGAGACGAUGCCGAGACGGGCGAUACGGAGUACUACCGACUGCGCCACUUCUCCGUCACCGGGAAGGGAGUCGUCAACUGCGGCGACCAGCUGCGCAGCAGACGAUCGCGCAGCAAUGUCAGCGUCGCCUCCGACUGCUCCGAGUAUAGCGGCAGCUCGCGCGGACCUCCGUCGAUGCCCUGCAGCGCCGGCACCUCCAUGGCCAGCUCAGCCAACUCGAGCUGCCUCAACCUCAGCCGGCCGCGGCCCUACGUCGGCCUGAUGCUGGGCGCCUCCGGCGUCGGAAAGACAUCGCUCAUACACCAGUUUAUGACGUCCGACUACAUGAACGCCUACGACGCAUCACUAGACGAGGAGUACGGGGAGAAGUCGGUGUCGGUACUGCUCGACGGCGAGGAGUCGGAGCUCGUCUUCAUCGACAUGCCCGACGGCGAAAUGACG